AUGCGUUUCUCCAUUGCUACCGCUCUUACCCUGGCCGCUGGUGCCUUCGCCGGUGUUGUCACUGAGACUGUUACCGACUACACCACCUUCUGCCCCGAGGCUACCUCCAUCGUCCACGGCGGCUCGACCUACAGCGUCUCCACUCCCGGAAGCGUCACCCUGACCGCACUUCCUCCGCUGUCCCCACCUCCCCCGCUGCCUCCUCCAGCGCCCCGGCCUCCGUCUCGACCCCCCUAUGUCCCCUCGGGCGCCGAUGCCACCGGUGUCCCCGCUGCCUCCGGCUCCGGCUCCACCCCCGCUCCUUCCCAGCCUGCCUUCAACGCCGGUGCCAUGAACGCCGCUGGCGCUGGUGCCGGUCUGGCCGCCGUCCUCGGUGCCGCCGUUCUGCUGCUGUAA